AUGGAGGUAGAUUCGGAAGGAAGGAUGAGAAAUGUUUUCUGGGCAGAUGCAAGGUCAAGACGAGCUUAUGGGUUUUUUGGGGAUGUGGUGGUAUUUGAUACGACAUUCAACACGAACUGCUAUGGGAUGGUCUUUGCGCCUUUGUUAGGCGUUAAUAACCAUAGGCAGACAGUGUUGUUUGGUUGUGCAUUCCUAACUAGUGAAAUCACGGAUUCAUUUGUAUGGUUGUUCGAAGAAUUCAAGAAAGCCAUGCUAGGUGAGCCACCCAAAAUGAUCAUCACUGAUCAAGAUGCAGCCAUGUCAAAGGCAAUUGCUUUAACUCUCCCAACAACAUUCCAUAGAUAUUGCAUAUGGCAUAUCUUGAAUAAGUUUAUGGAGAAACCCGGCAUUGGGGAAUGUUUUUCGGAAAUGUGCAAAUGCAUAUGGGGUAUGGACACGAAAGAAGAAUUUGAUGCAAAAUGGGAUGAAAUCAUCACAAGCAAUGGGCUGAAAGACCAUCCAUGGCUGAGCUCAAUUCAUGCUUUGCAGGAGAAUUGGGUUCCAUCAUAUGUAAAACACGUGUCUUCAGCUGGGAUGUCAAGUAGUCAACGGGUUGAAAGCUGUCAUGCAUUUUUCAAACAAUAUAUUAACCGGAAAAACACAUUUAUGGAAUUCAUUGUACGUUUUGAAAGAGCUCUUGGUUCACAAAGGCACAAGGAGUUAAUGGCUGAUCAUGUUGAUACCAAUGAAAAACCUCCACUACCAUUUCGAACACCAAUGCAACAUCAAAUGGCACGCAUUUACACUCUGGAAAUUCUUGAAAUGUUUGAGAGGGAAGACUUCAGAAGCCUUUUAUGCUUGUUCGAACUUAUAGAGCAAGAUGAGACCCAGUGCAGGUACAAAGUAAGUGAGCGGGUAAAUCCGGGGGGGACACAGAUGAAAGAGCUUGUGCAUGAUAAAGAUGCCGAUAAAGCUUAUUGCAGCUGCAAAUGA